AUGCGUGCUCCUCUUUCCACGCAUGAUCGGUGCCUUGUGCCUGAUACCUACGACAUCCGCCUGACCAUUACAGGCAACGAUGGAGACAAGUAUCCAGCCAAACAACAUGCCCGCCGGGCCGCCAUGAAACUGGGAGUCUCCGCCGGUCUUGUUUACCUGGUCGGCCAGCCUACCAUCAACUGGGGAGACUCUGACCAACCGCGUCCGUUCCGCCAAAGGCGAUACUUCUACUACCUCAGUGGGGUAGACGAAGCGGACUGUUACCUAACUUACGACAUUCAUAGCGAUUUAUUGACCCUUUACGUCCCAGACUUUGACCUCCGCCACGCCAUAUGGAUGGGUCCGACGCUUACCAUCGACGAGGCCCGACAUCGGUACGAUGUUGACCGCGUGUGCUACUUUUCUUCUCUCCAGGGACACCUUGAGUCAUGGAUCGACAAGCACAACAACUCGAGCCCCAUCUACAUUCUCCAUGAUACCCAGAAGCCCCAUGUCCCGUCCAGAGAGAAUGUCUACUUAGACGGCGAGCAUCUCCUUCCCGCGAUGGACGCAGCUCGCAUGGUCAAAGACGACUACGAGAUCCGGAUGAUACGCAAGGCGAACCAGAUCUCCGCCUUGGCCCAUCGCAAGGUGCUCGAGAAUAUUCAUCGCAUGACCAACGAGACGGAAAUCGAAGGUUUGUUUCUCGCCACGUGUGUGUCCCACGGGGCGAAGAACCAAUCCUACGAAAUCAUUGCCGGCUCAGGAAAAAAUGCAGCGACACUCCACUACGUAAAGAAUAACGAGCCGCUCCAUGGAAGGCAGCUGGUCUGCCUGGAUGCGGGCGCCGAGUGGGAUUGCUAUGCGAGCGACGUCACCCGGACUAUUCCCCUGGGGCCGGACUGGGCGAGUGAGUACGUCAGGAAUAUCUACUGUCUCGUAGAGAAGAUGCAGGAGACCUGUAUCUCGCAGAUUCGGCGAGGUGUGACAAUGAAGUCGCUGCAGGACUCGGCCCAUUUCAUUGCGAUCCAGGGACUCAAGGACCUUGGGGUACUUCAUGACUACGAUGUCUUGGAAAUAUUCCACUCAGGAGCAUCGGCCGUCUUUUUCCCUCAUGGACUAGGCCAUCAUGUGGGCCUCGAGGUUCACGAUGUCUCGGUGCAGCCGAACGCCGCCAGUGCUGCGGCAGAGGGCCCCAGGCAAACCUUCUUCGUGCCGAUGGCUACCCAGAGCAGUCCGGGCUUGGAACCAGGAAUGGUGGUGACGAUCGAACCCGGUGUCUACUUCUCUGAACUGGCCAUCGCAAACGCGCGGAAACAGCCCCUGGCGAAGUACAUCAACUUUGACGUGGCCGAGAAAUACAUCCCCAUUGGUGGCGUGCGCAUCGAGGACGACAUCCUGGUCACACACUCCGGUUAUGAAAACUUGACGACGGCACCUAAAGGGGAGGAGAUGUUGGAGAUCAUCCGCAGGGCGAUCGACAAUUGA